AUGCUGUCACCUCCAUCCUCAUACCUUCAUUCCAAAGGGUUCUCCAUAACUUUUGCUCACUCGAAGCUCAACCCACCAGACCCUUCUACUCACCUUGACUUCAUCUUCCUCCCUCUGCUAGACAAAUUAUCCGACAUUGACGACUCUUCCGGCUUCAUUCAGUUCUUGCAAGCUUUAAAUGAUAACUGCAAACCCCAUCUUCAAAAACACCUCAUCCAAAUCAUAGAUGCACAAAAGGCCUCAUCUCAAAAGGAAUCAAUCGUUAUCAUCCAUGAGAAUCUCAUGUUUUGUGCCGGAUCAAUUGCCGGUGAUCUGGGUCUACCCUCCAUCAUAGUGCGCAUCAGCAGUGCUGCCUGUGUUCCUGCUUACAAAAUCAUCCCUCAACUCCAUAAAGAAGGUCGAUUCCCUGUAGAAGAUCGAGAUAAUAAAUUCUGUCUUCAAGAUUCUUUGCUCCUGAAAUUGACAACAUUGUUCUCCUCAAAAACACACCCGGUUGCUUUCAUAUGGAACACCAUUGAAUUUAUUGAACAAUCGGCACUGACCCAGAUCCGCCAUCGCUACCAAGUUCCAGUUACCAUCGACCCAUUACACAAAACAUCACCAACCCCUUCCGAUAGUUUUCUUGAAGAAGAUACCAAAUGUAUUUCAUGGCUAGAUAAACAAUCACCCAAAUCAGUAAUUUACGCAAGUGUAGGAAGCUUAGCAACCAUGGAUGCAAAAGUGGCGACUGAAAUGGCAUGGGGCCUAGCCAACAGUAACCAACCGUUCAUAUGGGUGGUUCGAUCGUGUUCGGUUCAUGGGUGUGAUUGGAUCGAGUGUUUGCCGGAGGAUUUGGUAAGUGAGAUGAAGGUGAAAGGUUUGAUUGUAAAAUGGGCACCCCAGAAGGACAUAUUGGCACAUUCUGCAGUUGGAGGAUUUUGGAGCCAUGUGUUUAAACAAAGCUUACACUAG